CUGGGAGAUGAUGUGUGCUGAUGCUGCAGUGCCGAGGCUGUGACAGGGAGAAGACUACGUUUCCCACAAAGCCUCGCUCCUUUGGUUGCAGAGCAAGGAUGGGGUACCGGUGGCUGGGAACGGUCUAAUACACCGGAGGAUGGCAGCGUGUGACAGGGAGAUAUUGUACCAUAAGGACAGCUCCCAGAGUGAAGAUAUUGAUGAGUGGGACGAUGCUGCUCUUAUUAAAUCCUAUGAAAAGGCUGUCCAGUCUUUCCAGGAUAUGCUUAGAUGCACUGAUAAAAACCGGAGGGCAGAAGAAGCCACUGCAUCAGGUGAUCCCCAAAAAGAUUGUCAGCGAGACGUGACAAGAGAAUCAGAGUGGGAGAGAGACGGUCACAGGGAUCACCCAAAGCAUGAGGGGGACAAGUGGAGUAAGAAGAAGAAGGCACAGCCUCCUCCUCCUCUGACGCAUCCUUCUUCUCAUUCAACCUCUCGCUCUCUCAUAACCAAAUGGAAAGUGGGAGACCCUUGUAGUGCAGUUUGGUCAGAGGAUGGAUGUGUCUACCCUGCUACAGUAAAAUCCAUUGACAGAGAAAGCAGCACUUGUGUGGUCCAGUAUGAUGGCUAUGGAAAUACCGAGAGACAUCAGCUGGAUGAAAUAGUGUCUGUGGGGAGCAGUGGGGAUAGCACCCCACCUGUCAAACAGUGGAAGGUUGGUGACCGUUGUUCAGUGCAGUGGUCUGAGGAUGGACAGCUAUACUCAGCCGUUAUUCGCUCUGUGGAUGAGGUUUUGGGCACCUGUGUGGUGGUGUAUAAGGGAUAUAACAAUGAGGCGGAGCAGAACUUGGCUGAUCUGAUGCCUCCAUCCAGACUCCCCGCACACACUCACGGCAAGAAGCAGGCGAGUCCUGCACCUCUAGGACUGGAUAGCUCAGGGGAUGAGGAGGAUACAGACUGGAUGUACACAAGAAGAAGUUCUACCUCAUCACCUGAUCUAUCACGUAAUUGGAGGAAACAAGGGAAGAAGUCUGACUGGAUGUACACUUUUCCACCUCCUCCACCGCCUCCGCCUCCCCCUCCACCACCUCCACCCUCAUUACCUCCUCCUCCUCCACCCAAGGGCUGUUUUUGGCCACCACCUCCACCACCUGUGAGAGCUCAUCUUCCUGCCUGGCACAAUUGGCCCCCAUCAGCACCCCUUCCUCCACCACCGCCACCACCUCCUUUCUUUAGCACAGAGUGGGAGGACUAUGAUGAAGAAGAGCAGGAAGAUGAAGAUGUCUUAGCUUGUAUGCUGAUGGCUUGGUAUAUGACUGGAUAUCAUACAGGCUUCUACAAGGGCCUGAAGCAAGGACGGGCUGAAGCUUUGAGACCCAAUCUUAAAAAAGGGCCCAGAAGAAAAUAACAUGAAACGAAUGAAAGGAUUAUCUCUCCCAUGGAGAAGGCAGGACACUUCGCUACGUUCCUCUUUUUCCCUUGGACAGCCUCCUCCACUGCCCUCGCCCUAUUUCAUGACAACUGCUCACACAUGUUGAGAGACCCACAUACAGAGAUAUUAAAUAAUAUAAUAAUGAAAUGUUUCCAGUUUAUUGCCAUAUUCUAUUUAUCAUGUACACAGCUAUUAUAUUUUUCCUUUCUCUUUUACUGACAAAAAUUUAAAAUGUAUCUGAGUAUUAAAACAACUUUGCAACAAAAUAAAAAAAAAGAUUAACAGGGUAAAAAUAAAAUCAAUGGUAAAAAUGUUUUGUAAAGCUUCUUAAUGUAAUGUUAAAAGAUGAUGUGAUUAUAGGUCAGUAUUAAGUUGCAUAAAAUGUAGAUCAGAAACCAUGUACAAGCUCACAGUCUAUCCCAUCCAAAUACUCACAAAAUAGUAUUUAAAAUUGUUAACUGUAAGGCUGAUUUUACUAGGCAUAUAUAGAAUGAACCAGUAAGAAUCUUAAUACUAGUUUAUUUUGGCAGAGAGAUUUGUUUUUUGGAGCGGUAUUUGUUAAAUAAACAUUAACUGGUAGA